AUGGCUGUAACAGAUAGAUCCCAUGAUGAUAAAAGGGAGACACCGGUGAGACAACGCAAGGCUCAUAAGAAGUCUCGUCUUGGCUGUAAAAAUUGCAAACUUCGGAGUGUAAAGUGCGAUGAAUCGAGGCCAUCUUGCAAACGCUGUGUGGCUUCAGGCUUCAUAUGCUCUUUCACACAGUCCUUCCCAUCGGCUCUUCAACUCGAGCACCGCAGUGCAGGACCUACCUUCUCAGUCAUCGACAAGACUUUUGGCCCCAUCAACCCUGGCUUUAGAGUUCCUAUCAUACAGCCGCUGAAGGGAAGUGUGGGUGAGAUUAUUCUUGAUGAUGCUGCUCUUGCGGCGGUGGAGAGAUUUAGGGUCAGAACAGUGUUUUCGCUGGGAACAGAGAGGACGAGGAGUGUUUAUACCCAGGGGGCCUUUAUGUUGGGCUUUCAAUAUCCUUUUCUGUUGCAUGUCUUUGUUGCCCUGACGCUCCUUCAUGAUCAGCAUCUCAAUCCUCGCCAAGUACCCUCUCAGCGCACAGCUCUUGCAUUCCAUUGGUAUCAAGCGACGGCGCUCUUCCACAGACGUCUUGCCGCCGCUGGCGCGAUCGCCGACCCUUCGACGCUGCCUGGCCCUGAGCGCGAUGCCCUGUGGGCCUCAGGAGCAUUGCUCGGAGCUGCGUCGUUUGCGCUUCUUGAUGUGGAAGACGUUGAUGCUGCCUGGCCGCUCAGGGAAUCGGACAAUCUCGAUCUGAACUGGCUCAGGAUGAGCGAUGGCAAGAAAGUUGUGUGGCAACUCAGUGAUCCGACGAGGGAAGGUAGUAUUUUUCAGUCGCUGCUCAAAGAGCGGGAUGGGAUGCCAGAUGGGAGACUUCCAGUUCCUCUUGGUGCCCUGCCUGAUGUAUUCUACACCGCGUUCGACGUGGGAUCGUCGUCAAAUGCUGAGAACAACCCCUAUCACAUCGCUGUUUCGUUACUCGCCCAAUUACUCCCUCAUAAGAUUGACGACAACACCGUCAUCCACUUCCUCAGCUUUAUCUCUCAGCUGGAUCCACGUUUUAAGAAGCUGCUGGAGGAAAAGGAUCCCGGGGCUAUGGUCCUACUGGCGUGGUGGUACGCCAAGGCCGCGGCACAUAGUUCGUGGUGGAUGCAGAGGAGAUCGCUGAUCGAGGGACGAGCGAUAUGCACCUAUUUGGAGAGGCAUAGUACGGACGUGGAAGGGAUUCGAGAGCUGAUUCAGUUUCCAAAGAGGAUAUUUGAGUCGUGUCGGGAGAAUGGAGGUAACAUGACCUUGGAGGAUAAGCAUGCUUUGAUGUCAGGUAUGCAGAUAUACCUUUGA